AUGUCCCAACCACCUCCACCUCCGCCGCCGUCGCUCCCUCCAUCCAAACCACCUCGCUCAGCUUCAGAUAUGACUGAGACUCAGAAACUUCCUCACUUCUCUCCGCCCGGCUUCCACGACUAUCCCCACCGGCGAUUACCCCCGCCAGUUCUGCCGCCGCUGGAUAUUCCGCCAGACGCUGUACCACCACGCACAGAUUACCAAUUCCGCUCACCCAACAACCAACUUCCCUCCAUUCACUCAGGACUGCCACCACGCCACGAUCAGUAUCAGCCUUUUGCCGCCCAUAGGUCAGCUGCGCCAGUAGAGAAACUUCUCCUCGCAAAUCCAUAUACCCCACCUCGGUCCGACCCGCCUUAUUCUCCCCAGCAAUAUGGCCCUUCCAUAUCUCCUCGAUCUGAGUUCGACAGCAGAGGUCCAAGACGCUUAACCGAGCAGCGAUAUCCAUAUGAAGAAUCCCGGCACAUACAGCAUCAUCCCCACCACGAACAGUCCUACUCUACCCUUGCGUCUCCAGUCGAACAUUCGCAGCAAAGAUCGUAUGGUCCGAUCCCUUCACCAGGCUAUACGCCUAGCUAUGCGUCGAGCAGUACUCCAUUCCGAGGCUCGAUAGGGUCACAUCCCCAAUCACAGCGCGGCUCUGUAGCGGCUCCCUUGGGAUCGGUAGCGUACCCCGAUCCCUCCACGACAGGACCUCCACCCCGGAAACAGUCUCGGCCUAUCCCAUUACCUGGGUCCAUACCGCAGCCUGUCUACAACGAGCAACUGAAUCUAAACUACGAGCUUCGCGUGCGACAGCAGCCUAUCGCUGCCCGAGCGUGUGGCUUUGGAGAGCGCGAUCGACGCGUAAUUGAUCCUCCGCCAAUCAUUCAGCUACUAGUCACAAACCCCAAGACAGGCGUAGCAGAACAGGAAGAGCUCAGGUACUCGCUUAACGUCGUGCAUUGCACACUCUGGAACGCGGAAGGUACUAAUGAGGAGACUGCACUUAUCCAGCCUGAUCGACGGACGACACGGAGAUUGAUGGGGCAACUGGUGGCUUCGCCGUCGGUGGCCAAGGACGAGCAUGACGUCGAGGGCUGCUUCUUCUGCUUUCCAGACUUAUCUUGUCGUACGCAUGGCAAAUACCGGCUGCGUUUCGUUCUCAUGCGCAUUGACCCUAUGAACCUCCACGUUGGGGGCUUCUCACCGAUCCUCACAGAAGUGCUGAGCGACGUCUUUACCGUCUACACGGCCAAGGACUUCCCGGGGAUGCGUCCAAGUAGUGCUCUCACACGGGCACUAAAGCUGCAAGGCUGCAACAUCCAAGUGAAGAAGGGCAACGAAAAGGCUCUCGCUCGCAAACGUCUCACGGCCAGCCAGGAGCACGACGCAGAGGACGAGGACUUGAAACGACGGCGACGAGAGUGA